AUAAAAAAAAAACACAAUCUGACAGCAGGUCGAGAUAAAAACAUGUCAUGGUUAUAUUAAUUUUUUAAGGAUUGUAGUCAAAACAAUUCGGAUGCGUGUGGAAAUAAAAGUAAUUUUAGGAUUGAAAACGAGUGGCCUUAUGUAAUUUAUUGUUAUUUCAGAGUGACAAAAUAUCAAUAUUCUCAGUUCUGCAGAUUAUUUGAUUUAACCUUUCUAAGUAUGGUAUAUCGCUAAAGAAUAAUGAAAAAUUGGAAAAUACCUCUUGAGAUAGAAAGCCAAUUUUGGAAUUACCUAACAACAGAAUUUGAUUAGAUCUCAGAUUUGUGAUGGAAGAAGAAAACAAUCUUAUAAGCUUAUACGGAUUGGAAUUUCCGAGCCGAGCAGUUUCAGCCCAAGUUGCUGAGACAGAUGUAGUUCGUUUUCUGGUGGGAACACAAACCCUUAAGUUGGCUAAUAAUCAGGUCCACCUUGUAGAGUUAAAUGAUGAUACAGGUGCAGUUAAUACCAAGGUUUACCAACACGGAGAUGGAGAAAUUUGGUCACUAACAUCAUCACCGAGCGAUGCUCACGUACUGUCAACAUGUUACAACACAAUUCAAUACCCAGAAGGCAACUGUGUUAUGCGCACAGCCCUGUGGAGACUACCAGAGUCUGAUGACGAUUGUGUUGCUUUGGAAAGGUUGUGCUCAUUCGACACUGAACCGCAUGGGGAAAAUAUUAAGGUUACAGCUUUCAAUCCCCUGGAUGGGAAACAGGCAGCUACAGUUGUGGAUAAUAAGUUCCUGGUAUGGGACUUGGGACAGGACAGUGCCCAGCUGAUCUCUGUAGGGACGAUGCAAGGCAAAGGCAAUCCGAAGCUAACAACAGGCAAGUGGAACCCUCAACACAGUGGUCUACAGUUCACAACUGCCAGUGACUGUUCUGUGCGCGGCUGGGACCUGAGGGCUGGCAAUAAACAAGCCUGGGUUAUAGAAAAUGCUCAUGCCCAACUAGUCAGAGAUCUGGACUUCAAUCCAAACAGACAGUACUAUUUAGGGACCUGUGGUGACGAUGGAUGCAGCAAAUUUUGGGAUUUCCGAAAACCUGGGGAGGCAAUCAUAAGUCGGUCCGACCACUCACAUUGGGUAUGGUGCCUCCGGUACAAUCACUUUCAUGACCAACUGGUGGUGACAUCCAGUAGCGACUGUGUUGUGCUGCUAACAAGCGUGGCUUCUAUCGCAUCUGAGCCUAUCGACGAUGAUACCAAGGUGAGAAUGGAAGAUGGUGUCCUUGCCACUUAUGACCAGCAUGAAGAUUCUGUAUAUUGUGUUGAAUGGUCUUCAGCUGAUCCUUGGUGUUUCGCUUCGCUCAGCUAUGAUGGCAGACUCCUCCUCAACAGGGUGCCUAAAUCUCAUAAAUAUAACAUUUUAAUAUAGUCCA